AGGAGACACAAUUCACAAAGCAACGAGUUUCUCUCUACGGGCGCCAGGUAGCUCCAUAUACGGAUUGGAGAGGCACUUUGCAGCCCCUCUGGCACUAAGUCUUGCUAGGGCGCACAGAGGGGCAGUGCCAUGUACGCUCCUGACAAACGUAUGCUCCUGAACGAAGAGAACCAGACUUUGGUGUUCACUGUCACCACUGACCUAAUGAUGGGAACGUCUGGAAACGGCACCGACCAGCAUAACGGAUCAGAUCCGUUUGCAAGGAACGAGGAGGUGGCACAAAUAGAGAUAAUGGUUCUGAGCAUCACCUUCGUGGUUGCUGUGAUUGGGAACGUAAGCGUCCUGCUGGCCAUGUACAACACAAAGAAGAAGAUGUCGCGAAUGCACCUUUUCAUCAAACACCUGAGCCUGGCCGAUCUGGUGGUUGCUUUCUUCCAGGUGCUGCCACAGCUGUGCUGGGAAAUCACCUUCCGCUUCUACGGCCCAGACUUUCUCUGCAGGAUUGUGAAGCACCUCCAGGUGAUGGGAAUGUUUGCGUCCACCUAUAUGAUGGUGAUGAUGACCCUGGAUCGUUACAUUGCCAUCUGCCACCCUCUGAAAACCCUACAGCAGUCCACACGACGCUCGUACAUCAUGAUCAUCUCCACGUGGAUAUGUAGCCUGGUGCUCAGCUGUUCACAGUACUUCAUCUUCUCCCUGAGCGAGAUCCAGAACGGUUCGGGCGUCUACGACUGCUGGGCGCGCUUUAUCGAGCCCUGGGGCGCCAGGGCGUACAUCACCUGGAUAACCGUGGGCAUCUUUCUGGUGCCCGUGGUCCUUCUCAUGAUGUGCUACGGGUUUAUCUGCCACAGUAUUUGGAAGAAUAUUAAAUACAAGAAAAGAAAAACGACGGCUGGUGCGGCAAGCAGGAAUGGACUGAUUGGAAAGAACUCGGUCAGCAGCGUUACAACUAUCUCAAGAGCCAAACUGAGAACCGUUAAAAUGACUUUUGUGAUCGUUUUGGCGUACAUUGUUUGCUGGGCACCGUUUUUCAUCGUGCAGAUGUGGUCUGUGUGGGAUGAAAACUUCCAGUGGGAUGAUUCAGAGAACACAGCAGUGUCUCUGUCUGCACUCCUUGCCAGUCUCAACAGCUGCUGUAACCCGUGGAUAUACAUGAUCUUCAGUGGCCACCUCCUCCAGGAUUUUGUGCAGUGCUUCUCGUGUUGCCGCAAAAUCAACACCGACUUCAAGAAAGAAGACUCAGACAGUAGCCUUCGCAGAACGACUUUGCUGACUAAGAUGACCAAUCGGAGCCCAACAGGUAGUACCGGCUACUGGAGAGAGCUGGAUAAUUCCUCCAAGUCCUCUAUUCAAGCAGAGUAAACACAUGUUUGACAGUGGCACCAAAUGGCAUGAAUGACAGGAACUGCAAUGUCUUAAAAUUAUACAGAAAAUCAAGCUUUUUUUAGUGUGAAAAAAAAAAACAUGAAACAGGGUGUUGCGAGGUUCACAGAAGCAGAAAAUAUGGACACAUUAGGGAACGUGCAUACAUCUUCUUUCUUUCUUUAGAUAACCUCAGCAGAAACGUUAGAUAAAUAAUGAGAAAAAAGCAUGCACAGGCUUUAAAUUGUUCUAUUGAAUGUAAUCAUAAAUCUUCAAUAUUCAGUGUUUUGCAGAUUCCUGCAUGAGUUCUUCUGAGUGUUUUUUUCCUUUUUUUUCUUUAGCGAGAACCUUUUUUUCCAGGAAUCCUGAUGCUUUCAAAGGUUGUUGUGCCUCCCCGCAGUGCUGC